AUGGAGUCAACGAAAGACCAGAAGAAAAACGUGGACCGACUCGCACGGGUGCGUGAAAACCAGCGCAAGAGUCGAGCCCGGAAGCAAGAGCACGUGAAGGAGCUGGAGCAGCGCUUAGCAGCAUUCAAAGAGCAAGCUCAGCAAAAAGACAUUGAGCACCGAUUGGCGACGCAGAAGAUCGAGGCCGAGAAUCGGCAUUUGAAAGCCCUUCUCGGAUCGUUGGGUGUUUCGACUGCUUCGAUCCAGCAGUAUCUGCAGGAAGCGGAGGAAGGUGCCAACAUCAACAGAAAGGUUGCUAUCCCCGCUAUUCAGCGAGCAAAGGGGGAAGAUGGCCUGUCGCUAGCAACUCGCGAUACUCGCAGUUUGAACUUGUCUACUGCAAUACCCUGCGCUCUCAAGGACGAAGCGAAGACAGCUGAACUACCGACGGCCAGCAAGGACACUUGUGCCUCGACAGUGGCGCAACCAACGUGUCAGCCGUCGGGGCCAACUCAACAAGAAGAGGGAAAAGAGAAAGACCCGGCGUUGUGUGGAUGUCGAGACGAGAGAGAGGUGCCGGAAACGGUAUCUGAUGAAGAUGUGCUCAACUCGACGUUGUGUGCCAUUGCCGAAGAAAUGAUCAGUCAAUACAACACCAAGGGAGUUGAUGUUGAUGAGAUUCGGCGAAGAAUUUGGUCUGGAUUCCGCGCAGGUGCAAACGGCACUGGCUGCAGAGUCCAGAAUCACAUUCUGUUUCAAGUGUUGGACGAUAUCAGCGGUGAUAUUUGA